GUUCCUCAUUCCUCGCCUGCCUCAUGCCCUACCGGCUUGGGCGGCAAACGCACCAAUACUUCGGGACCGCCAACUUCUGCCUCAGUGUUCGAUAGUGAGGCACUGGCUGAUGAGCUAGAACGUCACGAAAAGAUGCUGAAGGAUUUCGAUGACUUUUUGGCAGAUUUUGUCAGCCUUGAGCACCUACCGGUGAUGCUACCCUGCCCACACCCGACAACCGGCCUUGGCUCUGGCAUGAGUCCGGCUCAGGGGCUUGGUUUCGGCCUAGCAUCUGGAUUCGGAAUUGGUCUUCCUCAGCUCGGCAUUGGUGGUGGUGGUUGCAGCGGCGGGGGAGGCUAUUUGGCUUCAGGUCAAACUUCAAAUUUUCCUCCGAUGAUGUUGCACAUGCAACCAACUAUUGGUGCAAAUGCCUUUACCUACCAACAUCACAUAGCCCCUGUAAUGGCUGGUGUGAAUGAGCUCUCUGAAAUGGGUGAUCUUUAUUAG